AGGUGUUGCUGGACGGCACCGAGGCGGUGGCGGCCUUGUUGGUGCAGCAAGCUGCAGCGUCCACGGUGAGCUCGGAGAGCGGACCCCUGGCCUUCCCUGCGGCGCGCCUGGAUCUGGCGAGCCGCCAGGUGAUGCUGGCCCAUCGCAUUUUCAAAGAGCGGCUCUUGAUGAUCUACGCAAACGCCACGAACAACACGAAUGCCACGGACGGAGCUUGGCCGUCCGCGAGCAUUGCAGCCUUUGAGACCGCCCAGGAGCAUUUGAAGACCGGGGGCGCCGGCCUUCCGCCCGUGAUCUUGAGCCGGGAGGACAUACUCGACCAAUGGGACAAUGUGAUGGCUGCCUGGCAAGUCUUCAAGGCCGCUGUGGACCCAGGGAGCUCGGACGUGUCGCUGAUGAGCCAAAGCUUGGCCACAUUGUCCCGACAGCUGGAGAUCGCGCUGCCCUUGUAUGCUAUGCCUGAUGAGGUACUCCCUCCGGACUACCUGUGGCCCAUUUUGGUGUAUUCCGCAAUCGCCGUGUUUGCCCUUGCCACAGCCUGUUCUGCUAUCUGCCUUUUAUGUUGCUACCGGCGGAAACAACUCCUGGAGACUGGGGCGAAGCUGUAAUUUCAGCCGUAUGGUUUUAGUUCAGGCGAAACGCCUAAGGCGGGGGGUUGGGAAUGGCACCUUCCAUCCACUGUGAUAGGAAGGUGUAAGUGGAAGCCGUCCAACCUUUUCGCAGAAGCACGGGCAU